AUGUCAACUAAUAAUAAUAAUAACAACAAUAAUAAUAAUGAAGAUAUUGAUAAUGAUGAAUCUCAACAACAGGAUAAUGAGGAACAACAACUUCAACAACCACAGGUAUCAACAUUCAAUGAACAGCAAUGUCAAAUAAGGGAACAGCAGGAAAAACUAACACUGAUGACACUGACCACCAGUUGUUACAAAUUGAAAUUCGUUCGUAAUGUAAUUCAUCAUUAUUAUUUGAAGAGGUACUAUAUUCAAUGGAUAUAUUCAUUGGUAGUGGUGGUGGUCGAUGUUGUUUAUUAUAUGAAUAAAAAAUAA